GAGUUAGCUCGGCUAUUUGGUUAAAUGCAGGCUUUGUCGCGCGAGGACGUGUGAUUGAAACCAUUCUAAUUAGCAUACUAGCUAACUUAUGGGAAUAAACAUCUCUGAAGACCUAUUGACAGGUUUUAAUGCGCCCUGCUGUGGGAAGUUUUAUGUUUGCAGACUCUGUCAUGAUGGUGAAGAGAACCAUGAGAUGGACCGCUUUAAGGUCCGAGAGGUCAGAUGUGCAGCAUGCAAUACUAUUCAAGAGGCUCGGCAGACAUGUAAAGAAUGUGAGGUGAAGUUCGGGGAGUAUUACUGUGACGUUUGCCAUCUGUUUGAUAAAGACAAGAAGCAGUACCACUGCCAGCUAUGUGGGAUAUGCAGAAUUGGCCCGAAAGAGAAAUACUUCCAUUGUAUGAAGUGCAAUUUAUGUUUAGCCACUGAUCUAAAAGAUAAUCACAAGUGUGUUGAGAAUGUGUCUAGGCAGAACUGUCCUGUAUGUAUGGAGGACAUCCAUUCGUCCAGAAUAAGGGCUCAUGUGCUCCCCUGCGGUCAUCUGCUACACAAAACAUGCUUUGAGGACAUGUGCAUAACUGGUUCUUACCGCUGUCCUCUGUGCAUGCAUUCGGUCUUCAACAUGGAGGAGUUCUGGGAAGAGAGAGAUAAGGAAAUUUCCCAGUCUCCCAUGCCCACAGAGUACCGGGACACUACGGUCAAGAUCAUAUGCAAUGACUGCCAGGCUCACUGCACUGUCUCCUUCCACGUGUUGGGGCUGAAGUGCAGCUCCUGUGGCUCUUACAACACGGCGCAGGACGGAGGGCUGAUCGGCGCCCCUGCUUUAAACACAUGACAGUCUGAAGAAGAGCCCGACACGGACCACCACGAAAUAAAUCAGCUCUCAGUUAAGCUUUUACACAACUGAUAAAUAGAAAUACAAGCUCUCCUCUCACGCUGCUGUACAGCUGCUGUUUUUCUUCUUGCUUGAUUAAAAAGGAUAAGAGCAUAUUUGAGGCUUCUUUAAUUUUCUGUCUGUGAAGAGUCAGUUGUGUGAGAUUUGCAACUUCUGUAUAUGUUAAUUUUGAUAUUUGAUAAUCCUGUGCUGGAGGAUAGGCUGCUUUGUUGACUGAAUCCUCAGUAUCUAUCAAGAGUAUUUUUGGUUCAUAUUAAUGAAAAAUAUCUGAUUAUCAGAAAAUUAUCUGGCUCUGAUAUUCAUUGAGGGCCAGUGGACAUCAUCGUCGAACUUCUGUUCAUUUUAAAAUGAUUUAAUGCUAUUUAUUGAUUAAUGCUGGACAAGCCACAAACAUUGUAUUAAAGAAAUAAAAUAAAAUUAUCACAUUGCAUAUUAUGUUUUUUAGGAAUCUUAUAAAAAAAAAAUUGGUUCUUAUUUUUUGGUUCUUGAAGAUUGUCUUCUAAAAGGAAUCUCGUUCUCUGUAAUUCUUGCUUCUUUUUAAUUGAUUCAUUGAGUAUGAUUCUAGAAAUUGUUGAUAUUUCUACAAGCCCAUUCACACCAAGAAUGAUAACUAUAUUAUCGUCUGUUUAUUCCAAGCAGACGCUCGUCUGCCACUUAAAAUUCUCGAGCUCGCUUUAUAGCAGGAUUGAUUCUGAUGUUAAUGUUUUUAUCGUUCAUCAGCUGGAAAACAAAUGGUUCUGAAAAUGAUUCCAAUGAUACCAUUUCUCUGUGCCUUCAUCUUUAUAGCUGUAGUGUGGACUCUGCUAUUCUUUAAUAUUGAGAACGAUUUUUAGAACUAUUUCUUAAAUGUUAUCUUUAUAAUUAUUGUCCUUGGUGUGAACAGGCAUUAAUACUGAUAUUCAGCCAUUUUUGAGAAUUAAAUUUCUGUUUUCUUUUCUUU